AUGGCCGAUGCUACUGCCGAACCACAAGCCCAGUCAGCAGAGCCGUCUCUCACCGAGCAAGAAGAUCAGAGUGCUCCGCCAUCCACAGCACCUGAAGUGCUGAAAUCCGAAGACGUCCAAGCUAAGCCCAACCCUCCUGAGGUUCAAGCAGUCCCUUCAGCAGAGAAGACGGAAGAUGUGUCAUCAGAGCAAACACCCGCCAAAAUGGGGGAUACCAGCAUGAAUGAACACCCAGAACAGACUUCAAUGCCUUCUCCUGCAGAGCUAAAGGAACCUCCAAUGGAUCAAACAGAUGAUGUACCACAAGAAGAACCCAAGGAACCAGAACCAGCAUCGUCGGUUGAUGCUAUCGCAGCAACAGAGGCAAUCCCUGCCCAGAAUGCUGCCCCCGGGACUGCCGAUAUUGUUGCAGCCAAUGUAAAGGCUGAGCCUGAACCUGCACCUACACCUGUGCUGCCGUCUCCUCCUUUGGGCGGCCCAACAGAGAGUACCACUGAGGACAAAGUGGAAGAACAGCCUGCAGAUAGCCUGCCCGCACCAACAGAUGCUGGCAAGCUCGAUGAAGCCUUGCCAUCAGUAUCAGCAGAGCAGCAAGCUCCUGAGCCCUCUCCAGCUACACAAGCCCCAGAAGUUCAAGAAACUGAACCUUCUGUUGCUCCUCCGGCUGAAGCUGAAGUUUUAGAGACGGAGAUUAAACCAGACAUUGAGAUGGGUGACGUCCCUGGCGUACCAGAGCAAGAGCCUCAGCAAGAGCCACAGCAAGAACCACAGCAAGAGCUACAGCCAGAGCCUCAGCAAGAACCACAGCAGGAACCACAGCAGGAGCCAAAGCAAGAGCCUCAGCAAGAGCCACAGCAAGAGCCACAGCAAGAGCCACAGCAAGAGCCACAGCAAGAGCCACAGCAAGAACCACAGCAAGAACCACAGCAAGAACCACAGCAAGAACCACAGCAAGAACCACAGCAAGAGCCACAGCAAGAGCCACAGCAAGUAGCACCGGAGCCUGAGAAGAAAGUCACGCCGCCCUCAGACCUGCCUGUGACAGACGGACCUGCUGCUAAUGAACCUGCUGAUCUUCUCGCUGCUGAGCCUGUUGAUCCUCCCGCCCCUGAGGUCCCUCUACCUGAGGUUCCUCUAACAGAGGGCCAAACAGAGCCAGCACCAGCAUCCACUGUAGAGAUCAAGCCGGGAAGAGUCCGCUGA